UUCUAUUUACCAUCCACAUCCAGCUGCAGCUAGCUUCACCAAACAGACUUUUUCGUAGUUGCGUUUAUGAUAUGAAAGGGGAAUCUUGUAUUAGUCCAGAAACUACGAAUCCGUCGGGCCAAACCAGCCAUGCAUUUCAAAUAAGCUCUUUGAUUUCAGACAUUUAAAAGAAUUAACAACGUAAGGUAAACCAGGAAGCUAAGAGGUAGCAGCUGGACAUAGGUAGGUUAUAGGUUUUUUAAACCUCACUAGUUGUGUGAGGAUGGACAAGUUCGUAGUCAGGCUGUCAAAGGGGGAAUCACCGAAAAAAGCAAAAAGCAACGAAAAGGUCUACAAACAAACUACUAUUGAAUCUUUACGGAGGGUUGUUGUUAUUGAGGAUAUCAUGCGCUAUAAGUCCAUGUUGGAGCUGCCUGAGCAGAGCAAAGACAACCUGCUGACAGCCCUGACAGAGCUGAGCAAGAAGAUCCCAUCCAAGGAGGUGCUCAAGUCCACCAAGAUAGGUCACACAGUCAACAAAAUGCGAAAGCAUCCGGACCCUGAGGUGUCUUCAUUUGCAGCAAAAGUUUACACGGACUGGAGGACAUUCAUUGAGGAGAAUUCCAAUAAGCCGUCUAUUGAGGUGCGCGCCGACAAACAGUCUGAAGGACUCCGGAGCAACGCAAGAAGACUGAUGUCUGAAGCUCUGGAGGUCAAGGAAGAAUCUGGACUUAUAGACAACAUCGAGAGGGAAGUGUUUCAUCAGAGCUCCCGGUUGGUCAGCAGCUCAUACAGGCGGACUAUUCGAGCACUUGUGUUUGCCUUCAAACACAACCCUGAAAUCAGAAGUCAAGUGAAGGACAGCACACUAACAGUCAACCAGCUGGUGUCCAAAUACAAGAAAUAACUGAUGAUGAAACAGUCUGAGCCUCAAACGACACAAAGAAGACCAUGUUUUACUUGAAAAGUAGUUUUUUUUUUAAUUCAAAACAGGUUUUUUUAAAACUUUUUUUUUUUUAAUUCUCACUUUUCUGUAAAGAAAAUAUAAAAUAGAUUUACAAUUGGUGGCACAUCAGAAUGUUAACACUGUUUUUAAACAUGCAUGUUAAUCGAGCUCACUAGUAUGAAAAAAAAAGUUGAUUAUAAUGCCAUUCUUUGGAACUUGAAUCAUGAACUUUUUGGUUCUUGUAAAAAGUAUUUUAUAUUGUUGGUGAACAUUUUUAUACAAAAUAUGACAAAUUCA